CCAUUCCCAUCAGACUGUCUCCCCAAGUGGUUCACGGUGGGAAUUAGUACGGGAUUAAGUGCAGGAAGUUCAAUAAGAAGUGAAUUUACCUGAGCGCUCAGGUGCGAAGUAGCAGUGGAAAGAAAGGCAGAGAGAGACAUAGAGACAGAGAGACAGAUAGGAAAGGAGGGCACACAUCGAAACAACCGGGAAAAGUUACGGAUGCAAACGUCCCAUUGACACUCAGUGAGAAACCGGAGCGACUCAUCAACUGUUCAUCAGCGAAUAAAGAAGGAAACAUCUACUACCAUGAAGAAAUAUUCAUAUCCAGUGAGAUCAGCCAGCGCUCGGACAAGGAGAACAGAAAGAGAGGGAUCUGGCAUCACCAGUCCCACACUGAAGCGGUCGUUUGAGGUGGAGGAGACGGAGUCUUCCACAAACCCUUCGCCCCUGACUCGUCGGAACACCAAUCCUCUCCGCUCGUCCGCCUCCUCCACAUCCAGCCAGCGGAGCUACGACCAGAGCUUCCGUAGCUCUGACUACUCCUCUAUCAGAUCCUCCCCCUCUGAGUCCUCCAAUCCACGUUCUCCAAAGACCGGCAUGAGGCGCAUUGAGCUAACAGGGGGGCGUAAUCCUGACACAGCCUCAUCCCGCCGCACAGAAAUGUCCAUUGAGGUCUCCUCUAAGCAGAUUGACAACUCGCCCAGUGCUGGCAUCGCCCGCUUUGGCCUCAAGCGGCCUGAGGUCAGUCUCAGCAAUCGGAGUACACUCCUGGACAGCUCCUCCAACUCCACCUCCACAAACAGGCGGGCUGAGCUCAGCAUGACACGGCAGCACGAGCCCCCCGCCCCGCCGAAGAGGACGGACUCCCAGGUGACCUCAACCUCAAUCUCAAGGAUCCCUGAGCCCCCUCAGAGAAGAGUGGAGCUCCAGUCCCCAGUCACCAGCCCAGUGGAGGCAGCCUCCAGGAAGCCAGAGAUGCCCAUCUUCAGACAGUCGGACGGUUUGGUGCCAAGCAGCGCAGUGGAGAACAACAACAACAACCACCCGCCUCCUGCACCUAGUGCUCCCCUGCCCUCCCUGGCAGAGCCACGGGUGGAGAGGGUGCAGUCUCCAGUCACAGAACAACCCACAGCCCGACCAGCAGAAAGGCCUGAGGUGAUUCCCAGCUACAGCAGCAGUGCCAUGUCUGAGGCGGUGAUGCCUGAUGCCGUGGUGUCCCCAGCAGUGGGAGUCCCGUACGUGGAGAAGGCCGGGAGCCCCAUGGGGGACUUCAGUUACGUAGGCAUUGAUGCCAUUCUGGAGCAGAUGAGGAGGAAGGCCAUGAAGCAGGGCUUUGAACUCAACAUUAUGGUUGUGGGACAGAGUGGCCUGGGAAAGUCGACUCUAAUGAACACGCUGUUCAAGUCUAAAGUCAGCCGUAAGUCAGUGCAGGCUACCGGCCAGGAGAAGAUCCCCAAAACAAUCGAAAUAAAGUCCAUCAGUCAUGACAUCGAGGAGAAGGGAGUGAGAAUGAAGCUGACAGUCAUCGACACACCGGGCUUUGGAGACCAGAUCAACAACGAGAACUGCUGGCGGCCCAUCAUGAAGUUCAUUAAUGACCAGUACGAGGCGUACCUGCAGGAAGAGAUCAACAUCAACAGGAAGAAAAGGAUUCCUGACUCUAGAGUCCACUGCUGCAUUUAUUUUAUUCCCCCGACGGGACACUGUCUGCGGCCUCUGGAUGUAGAAUUCAUGAGACGUCUCAGUAAGGUGGUCAACAUCGUCCCGGUCAUCGCUAAGGCGGAUACACUCACCCUGGAGGAGAGGGACUUCUUCAAAAAGAAGAUCAGGGAAGAGCUGCGAGCCAACGGGAUUGACGUUUACCCUCAGAAAGAAUUUGACGAAGACGCCGAGGACAGAAUGAUCAACGAGAAGAUCAGGGAAAUGAUCCCCUUUGCUGUGGUGGGCAGCGACCAGGAGUACCAGGUCAAUGGCCGGAGGCUGCUGGGGAGGAAGACCAAGUGGGGAACUAUUGAAGUUGAGAACAUAGCCCACUGCGAGUUUGCCUAUUUACGGGAUCUCCUCAUCAGGAGCCAUAUGCAGAACAUUAAGGACAUCACCAGCAGCAUCCACUAUGAAAUGUAUCGCGUGAGGCGCCUCAACGAGAACAACACGGUGGUGGCUCACGCUAACGGUGUCCCAGAACAUCAUCUUGCCGCCCAUGAGAUGUAGACUCCCCCAGCCCCCCCCCCCCGCACUCCACUGCAGCUAAUCAACUGAGUGUGAGUCACUUGCAAUGGGACUUUGACCUUCAUUGACAGUCUACCCACCACACCAGCCUUCCACUCCAUCCAUCUCCAUCUCACAGGUGGGAUAGAAACUUAAAAAGCCUGCUAGAGGGACUCUAUGUUCAAUGACUUCCUGCGGCUGAAUGGACUGUCCAUCAUGUCAUUAAUAAACACUAUUGCUGACUAAGAGAGUGAAGAGAACUUUGAUUCUCCGUUAUGUACUGCAGCUUGAUUUUUUUACCUGCUUCCAG